GCACAAUCCGGUGAAGACUAAUCAACAUGAAGGUUCUUAUUGUUGCGUUCGCUUUCUUGGCUGUUGCCUUCGCCGCUCAAUCCGACGAGCAGGCUACAAUCCUUUCCCAAAAUGCCGAAAUCAACCCAGAUGGCUCCUACAAGUACGAUUACCAAACCAGCAACGGAAUUGCCGCCCAAGAACAAGGUGUCUUGAAGAACGCCGGAAGCAAGGAUGGUGAAUCCGAGGAAGUCCAAGGAUCUUACCAAUACACCGCUCCAGAUGGUACCCCAGUCAAGAUCCAAUACGUUGCCAACGAGUUCGGUUUCCAACCACAAGGAGAUCUUCUGCCGGUCGGCCCAACCCCACCACCAGUACCAGCUGCCAUCCUCAAGGCUCUGGAAUGGAUCCGCACCCAUCCUCAACCACAAGAACCAACCAGGAAAUUCUAAGAAAUGUGAUAUCUGUGAACUAAUUUGAAUCCACUACACUCUUCCAUUAUGUACAUAU